AUGUCCGCUCAGCGACGCGCCUGGGCUGCCGACUUGGACCCGCGCCCAAACGCCCAGGAACGGCACCCGCGCGCCCUCUCGUGGCCAUCCGCAGGAUCCCGCUUGCUGGGAACCAGCCCAGAGAAAAAGCGCCGCCAGGAGCCGUCACCGUGCCAGCGCGCCCCCUCGAGGACGCUCAGGGAAGCACUGAAGCUCGCUAUGGUCCCCAGGUACUUGCUGAUGGCAGGAGUGAUGCUCUACCUCCUUCCUGCGUGCACUCAAGAAUGGAGCCAGGCUCUGCAAAAGAGGGACAAGAGGGAAAUCGCUAUGCUUCUGAGUCAGCUGCAAAACACCCCGUCUCACUCAUGCCUGAAUGACAGAGAAAACUUCCAAUUUCCUUGGAAGAGAGGCAAUAGUACCCCAAUCCAGAAGGGCCAAGGCACCUGUCUCUACCAACUGAUGCUCCAGCAGAUCUUCAUGCUCUUCAGCACUGAGCACGGCCUCGAUACCUGGAACCACAGCGUCCUGGAGAAGCUACUCUCUAGCCUUCAUCACAGCCUGGAACAUCUAGAGCGCAAAGAAGAGGGCAGCCCAGUUUGUCUCUCUUUGGGGAUUGUUCUGAGAAAGUACUUCCGAAGAAUCAAGCUGUAUCUGAAUCAAAAGAAACACAGUGCGUGUGCCUGGGAGAUUGUCAGGGGGGAAAUUCAAGCCUCCUUUGCCCUCAUGAAACAAUCAUCGAAGAGAAUUUAG